CCUCUUCAUUUUUAUUGCACGUCACACAAUUACAAAUGAGUCAUAUAUUUGUGCAGAUAGAUAAGACAGUCUCCAAGGCAAAGGUGUAAGUCACAGGGCAGGAGAUUUGUCAUCAAUGGCUUUAGCCAUUGCUUCUACUGCACUUUCAAGUCUUCCAAUCAGGGAUAAUAUACCUCGAAAACCAUUGACAGGGAAACUAACAACAGCACUAGGAUCAGGAAGAACUCUGGUGAAUGCAACAAAAGGAGUUUCCAGUGUAUGCGAACCACUUCCUCCUGAUAGACCAUUGUGGUUCCCUGGUAGUACACCUCCUCCAUGGCUUGAUGGCAGCCUUCCUGGAGAUUUCGGUUUUGACCCUCUUGGGUUAGGUUCUGAUCCAGAGUUGCUUAAAUGGUUUGCACAAGCUGAAUUAAUGCACAGCAGGUGGGCAAUGCUGGCGGUGGCCGGAAUUCUGAUACCUGAAUGGCUUGAAAGUUUAGGGUUCAUCGGGAACUUCUCAUGGUACGAUGCGGGCGGUCGAGAAUACUUUGCGGAUCCGACCACCUUGUUUGUGGUGCAGUUAGGGUUAAUGGGUUGGGUGGAAGGAAGAAGAUGGGCUGACAUGGUUAACCCAGGCUGUGUGAACAUUGAACCUAAGCUUCCUAAUAAGAAGAAUCCAAAGCCCGAUGUGGGUUACCCUGGUGGGUUGUGGUUUGAUCCGUUUAUGUGGGGAAGAGGAUCGCCGGAGCCAGUAAUGGUAUUGAGGACAAAAGAGAUCAAGAAUGGCCGUCUUGCUAUGCUGGCAUUUGUUGGCUUCUGUUUCCAAGCUAUUUAUACUGGGGAAGGUCCCAUUGAAAACCUCAUGGCUCAUCUUGCAGAUCCUGGUCACUGCAACAUUUUCUCGGCUUUCACGUCAAACUGAUUCAGAUGAUCAUCAGUUAAAAACGGGUACUGGGAGGAAUAUAGUGUUGUACGGUAAAUAUUGGUUAUUGAGCCAUUGUAGAUAACAAGAAUGUUGAAAAGACUUGGAGAAUUUGAUUGGUUUAAUGUUAUUUUUGGUUUGAUUGGAUUAGAUUA